CACCUUCCAUAGUCAUCUGUAAACAUUUAAAAAGCACUUUCACAAGGCGAAAAUUAUGUGCAUAUAUGUUAAUUUAAUAAAACACACGAACAUACGAAUUGUUAUUGUAACUUUUGUGUAUUUGUAUGUCCUUUAUAUUUGAUAUGCGUUUAUAUGUACAUAUGUGUAGGCCAGCUUACAUAAGUAGUGCAGCGAAAUAUGGCUUAAAAUAAAAUUCUUGCUUAACUGCUUAGCUACUUAGUUGCUACAUAACUGUAAAUGAAUUAGUUUGAUAAUGAAAAUAUAUGUAUGUCGAUAAAUGUAAGACGCUCACCUGUAAUCAGCUGUCCCCGUUCUACCAUCAUCAUUGUCCUGCUGUUGUGUUUUUCCAGUGCCUGCUUCGCAACCCUUUAUUGCGCUGUGCUUCAUAUGAGCCGCGGCCACAACUUCGAAAGACGCUGUCGCCUGAUGCAAAGCUCUUGAAGCACUUGUCGUUGCCCUUACCGCCAAAAAUGAAAAUUACUACAGCAACACAUAAUAAGAAACCAGCAGCUAUGCCACCAUCGGCGCCAACAUCACCAGUGAGCAAUCGCAGCUCCGGUUUCUCUUCCAUUGGCUCAGCUGAUGAGCGUUGGCAACGCUAUGUGGCAUUAUUUGAUGAUGUAGAGGAUAUAAAUAAAGCUCCUAAAGUAAAAUAAGGAAACCUAGCUUUUUUAGUUUACAUAAAUAAAAUUGUAAUACACAUAUGUAUAUUUAU